AAGGUCUUAUAAAUAGUUGAACAUGUUUAAAGCCUAGUUUGCCUCAAUAUUAUUAAGUAAUAAAUACAAUAGUAAACCCUCGUAAAGGCCUGACAAAAGUGACUGCCGUUUUCACCAUUAAUCCCAAAUUAUUAAGCGACCCCUAUGAAAACAAAAUGCCCGUUAUGUGUUACCAUAGGGGUCACAUAAAAAUUAGGGAUUGAUGGUGAAAACGGGCUUGAGUCUCUUUUCUCGUUCGUUCUAGUUCUACUUCUUGCUCUGGUCUACUUAUCGUCCCAAAACAAUGACCGUGAGGUUAAGUAACACUGGAACAUAAUAAAGGCGCUUUGUAAAAGCUUCACUUACAUAAAAAAAGAUUAAUAACUUGUUAUAAAUAACUGACUUUUGCGGUCUUUACAGAUUCCCAUUGGAGACGGCUACGCUCGAGUCCCAGCGUACGUUCUCAAAAUGAUUAACUGGGGCAAAUUCAAAAUUGCCACCCGUCACCUGUUAGUUGCGGUCUUCGGCAGAGAGACGUUGGCUACACACGAUAUAACUGGGAAGCCGUCUCCAGCUUUUACCAAUAGAGCCCCACGUGGAAAACUGGACCCGAAUUUAGUUAAUGACAUUAUACAAACCGUCGUGCAGCGGUGCGGCGUGUCAGCAGGUCUAUUCCGUGCCAGCAUCACAUCAAAGUGCGCCGAUGAAGGCAAGCUGGCGGGAUAUCCAAAAUGACGACCGCUGCAAUGACCUGCUCCCCUAGACAAGUGACAUAACGUGACAGUUGCAAUUCCGAAAACGCUUCGCUGCGGCGUUUUGUACUUCGCUCCGUGAAGCGAUUUCGAAAUUAACUGUCACGUUUUGUAACUUGUCUAGGGGGGCUGGCCGGCAACCCGGCUACAAGAAAUGGCGCUUUAGUUGUAAG